AUGGAUGACCCAACGCCCAUCACGCCCCCGACCGAUCUUGGUCUCUACCGCAUUCUUUCUCCCAAAUGCGGUCUUCGCGUAUCACCACUGCAACUGGGUGGCAUGUCCAUCGGUGAUGCUUGGUCCGCGUUCAUGGGUAGCAUGAACAAGGAACAAUCCUUUGAACUACUGGACGCGUACGUAGCUGCCGGUGGAAAUUUCAUCGACACUGCAAACAACUACCAAAAUGAGCAGCCAGAACAAUGGAUCGGCGAGUGGAUGGCAGCGCGUCAGAACCGCGAUCAAUUGGUCAUUUCCACCAAAUUCACCACCGAGUACAAGGCCCACGCCCUCGGCAGAGGCAAGACACCCAACCACUUUGGAAACCACCGGGGAAGCCUUCACAUGAGCGUUCGUGAUUCUCUUGCCAAGCUCCAGACCGACUGGAUUGAUAUACUGUAUCUGCAUUGGUGGGACCAUACUACAUCCAUUGAAGAAGUCAUGGAUGCCAUGCAUAUACUGGUCGAGCAGGGCAAAGUUCUGUACUUGGGAAUCUCUGACGCUCCUGCUUGGGUCGCCAGUGCUGUGAAUACAUACGCGGCCGCCCAUGGCAAAAGCCCCUUUGUCAUCUACCAGGGCCGUUGGAAUGUCAUGCUGCGCGACUUUGAACGCGACAUCCUCCCGAUGGCGCGCCAUUUCGGCAUGGCGCUCGCGCCUUGGGAUGUUCUGGGCGGUGGCAAGCUCCAGAGCAAGCGCGAACUUGAAGCACGCAAGGCCAAGGGAGAAAGUCUGAGAAGCGUGUUCAGUGGGGAUAUGACGGCAAAUCAAACCCAGGACGAAAUUCGAAUGAGUGAAGCAUUGGCUCAAGUGGCAUCUGAGCAUGGCACCGAAUCUGUCACGGCUGUAGCUUUGGCCUACAUUAUGAGCAAAGCGCCCAAUGUCUUCCCUCUUGUCGGAGGGAGAAAGGUCCGAUACCUGCACGACAACAUUCAGGCUCUCAAGAUUAUACUCACCAGGGAGCAAAUUGCACACCUGGAAAAUGUGGUACACUUUAACCCGGGCUUUCCCAACAACUUUAUUGGUGAAGAUCCAAAAGUCACUGGCCAGGCCGGUUUUCUUCUUGCUUCCUCGGCUGCUUUGGCAUUUGUUCCGUCACCAAAACCAAUCGGCUACUAG